GUUUCACGAGUUCUGCACGUAAAUAAAUAUUCAUUUUAGAUAUUGUUAAAACGGUUCAAAUAUCCUAAUAGCUAAUAUGAGUUCUAGUGAUAGCGAAGGUUUUGAAAGUGCAGAUGAAGGGAAUAACACUCCUAUAAAACGAGAAAGAAAAAAACGUUUAUCGUCGUCUAAUUACAGCGACAAUAUUUCGGACUACGAAACUAAAAAAAACACUGAAAAGGCUGUCUCGAACUCAGCAGGCAACCAGUCACAAGCAACAGAUGGUUGGGACAACUGGGGUGAUGAUGCAUCAGAACCAGUAGCUACUAAAGAGAAGGUUGAAGCAAUAUCCAAAACUCAGGAUGUUGAAAACUCUGGCUGGGAUGACUUUGACGACUGGGGAGACACUGAUGUUAUAAGUACAGAUAAGCCACCAACAAAUACAAACCAAUCACAACAUUCCACACAAAAACCCCAAGCACAAAAACAACCAUUGGAGUCACAUAAUCAGGAGCAGGACAUAAAAUCGGUGACAGACCGCCUGGCUGCUACCACCACCAAGAGUGAUGGCUGGGGUUGGGGCUGGGGAGUAGACUCUCUUCUGAGCACAGCAUCGGCAGGCCUCAGCACUGCCACAGCUGGCUUGAGCACAAUCACAAGUCAAGUGUCACAGGGCAUUUCAACUGUACUAGAAACUGUAGAAACUGGUAUCGGUGCUCCUGACCCUGAAGAGUUAGCUCGAAGAGCACAUCAAAAUAAGGAAAGUGAGAGUAAGGAGGUGGAGCCUAAAACAGAGGAGAGUACUAAUGCCACAACUCCUAACGAAGCCUCAUUUCCAUUUGGUAGUCUAUUCUCGGGGGUGACAAAGUUUGUGGAAAAUACGGGUACAAAAGUGAUAUCAGGUGGUCUAGAUACCUUAGAAACUAUAGGAAAGAAGACAAUGGAAGUUCUCCAAGAGGGAGAUCCAUUGCUGGCCAAGAAGCGAGCAAUGCUGGGGCUGGAUGCAGGAGAUAAACCAGUUCUGUCUCAGUUACUUAGAGAGGCGAAAGAAAAAGCCGACGAGGAAGACAAGGUGAAAGAAGCGAAACGAGAGGCGAAAGAAGUCCACUAUGAAACUCUGUUUGAUGACUAUGAAGGUCUAAUACAUUUGGAAGCCCUAGAGAUGUUGUCCAAACAAGUGAGUAUGAGGAUAGAGGAGCGGUUGCGGAGCACGCCUGUAGAGAAACGGCAAGACAUGAAGGAGACUUUACAGCAAGUAGCCGAACUCUGUGAAAUGCCAGAAGAAGACGAGGAUGAUGAUGAUGAAGACGAUGAGACUUCGCUCGACACACCCAAACCAGAAGCCUUCCACGAGAAACUGCAGAAGGCCACAAAAGAUAUUGGUCUCAAACUACAAUUCCAGCCUUUGAUCAAGCACUACUCUGACGUGCUAGACGCAGCGGGUACGGACCUGCCCGCUCGCGGCGUGUACAAGCGCGCGGUGGGCUCGCUGGCGGCGUGCACCGCGCUCGGCGUGCAGCUGUACCACAAGACCGGGGAGAUGCUGCUCGUCAAGCCGCGCCGCUCCACCGCCGACGAGGCAGACGCGCUGACGCAGAUGACAGUGGUCCUGACGAAACACAUCAGCGAGCUGGCGACUCUGUUCACGGAGAAGCUCAACGCCUGCACCGAGGAGGAUCAGCAGCAAGUCAACAAUUACAUCACCAACGUGUUCUUAGAGGCCGGCAACAGCUCCAAGUAUAUUGAAAACGCAUUCCAACUUACGCUUCCCAUCAUUCAGAUCGGCGCAGUAUGAAGUAUCUGCCGCGCGCGCUUGUGAUAAUGUACAAUAUUCGUGUAUUAUAAUUUUAUAUAUUCUAUCAUAAAUGUUUAUAAUAAAUGUUGUAUAGUA